GCAAAACAUCACUCCAGGAGUCCUCACUAUUUUCGUCUUCGACAUUAGUCUGAGUCAAUCACCAGCAGAGACCAUCGAAAAGCAACACGAGCCGUUGUCAGCCGCAUGGAUUGCUACACUGGUAGGGGAGAAGACUACAACGGCACGGCCGAUGUGGCUGUAACCAACGAGACCUGCGUCGAAUGGAGUUCGGUGUCGAAUUGGAACUACACACACAGUUUUUGUCGAAAUCCGGACGCCAGCAUGGACGAACCGUGGUGCUACAUCAACUCGCAGAAUCCUCACCCAAUGCGGUGUCACCUGGAGAGGUGUCAAGAGCCUGAAGUUGGUCUGUCUGUUGAUUUUAUUGUGGCGGCGAGUGUUGUACCAUUCGUCGUUGCUCUCUUACUCUUCGCUCUCCUGAUUGUCUGGCAAAAAGCGAGAAGGAGACGACUGGAAAGAAGUGGAAGUACGGAUUUGAUAGCCGAAGAUGUCGAUGGGCAGAAUCAUUCGGAUGGUACCAAAGGCAGUGGAAACGAUUCGGGGAUCGAGAUUAUCAUUGAAGAAGUCGGGACUGUAGUGAAGGACAAGCUGGAUGGAGGGAUACAACGGUCACCGGUGAAAAGCAAGCCUGUAGAUGCGAAAUAUCACGAGCCCGAAAUGCUGUAUGAGUCUCAGCGCGGUCGAACGGCUUGGGUCCUACCUCCUCUUCUUGGUAUCGAGCAAGAGUUCCCACGUGACCAGCUGUGCUCGCUCAAAGUUCUCGGUGCAGGAAAAUACGCCAAGCUGAUGCAGGGCGAGGCGAUGACGCUUGUGGAUGAGUGCCCAGUGUCAUCUACUGUGCUCAUCAAGGUAAUAUCCGAGACUGCCACUGAAUCUCAAGUCAAAGAAUUCAAAAAUGACGUCGCACGAGUGGCAAAACUCCAACACCCGAACGUGUUAGAGAUAUCAGCAGUCUGCACGACUACAUACCCAUUCUCGAUAAUCUACCGGCUCGAUGACUAUGUCUCACUCAAAGAAUAUCUCAUAACAGCAGCCGCAUGCAACGAGGCCGACUUCGAUAGUUCGUUUCUCUCUCGAAACUCGACUGGGCCACUUUUUACUGAACUACUCAUUAACAGUGAUCUUCUAUCAAUAUGUUACCAGGUCGCUGAAGGCAUGAAGUACCUCUCAAGAGAGGACUUCGUGCACAAAGACCUGGCAACACGGAACUGCCUAGCAGGCAAUGGAAUUCAAGUGAAGAUUACAUUGUAUGGGGUACCACUUCAAGAGUAUAGCAAAGACUAUGCACCUCUGGAGCAAAUCAGAGCAGGUAGCAACAAAAGCAACGCAUCGCGUCGUUUGAAAACGAAAUCUGCAUCAUUGCCUUUGCGCUGGAUGGCGCCCGAGUCGCUCCAAACUGGCACAUGCACCACUGAGAGUGAUGUGUGGUCGUUCGGAAUUCUCAUGUGGGAGGUGUUCAGUCUGGGAGAGAGGCCAUACAAUCUGCUGACCGAUGUCGAAGUUAUCGAGCAAGUUGCCAAACAUGGACACACUAUUGAUUGUCCACCUCGCUGUCCGCCCGAGGUGCAUGCUCUUAUGACCAAAUGCUGGCGACAGACACCAGAGUCGAGACCUUCGUUUGCUGAACUUCACAACUCGAUGGAUAAAUGGAUAAAGGACGGUCGAUAUACUGACUCUUCAACUACAUUCCUUUGAUCCUGUACUUGGAUUGCACAUAAAGAAAAGAAUAUUUAUGUUUGUACAAUCUUGUUGUGACUCGACUAUAGUUUAUGCCACUUCAAGAAUUAAACAGUUGAAAAUGGCCUGUUCUUGGUGUAGUUGCUACGACUGCUUUAUAUUACAACCGUACAUUAACAUUGCAUUUAUCAUUUUACACCGACAA